AUGAGACUAUCUGUUUUAAGAUCUCCUGCUUCUAAUUUAUUGCGCUCUACUAAUAUCUCUCAAAAGAGUAGGCCUAUCCUCUAUAAUACUAAGAGACUCUACGUCUCAAAGACUAAUACUAAGAAGAAUGAAACUACGAUGUACUUCGACCCUUCGGGUAUAUUAGAUUCUUCUGCUGCUGCUGCAGAAGCUGCAUCUGUACCAGCUGUUAACACUAACAUCAGUACUGUUACUAUUCCAGGUACCAUGUCUACUAUGGAUACAACUUCAGCUAUUCAAGAACCCAGCUGGGAUAGAAUAUACGAUAUUGCAGCCCCAGCGUCUAUGACCUAUCUAAAGACUCUGCCAAAUAAUCAGUUGUUUUCUUUAUCAAUGAUAGGUAUUGUCACAAUGAACAAGUUCUUCUUAGAUACUUGUAUUAAAUUGUUUCCUUACGUCCCAAUCCCAGUCAUGAAAGUAUUCAUUUCCGAUUUAUAUUGUGGCGGUGAAACAAUGGAUGAAGUGUUGCAAUGUGGUAGACAACUACAAAAGAGAGGUAUCUCGAAUAUGAUGCUGUCUUUAACCAUCGAAGACGCUGAAGGCACUAAAAAUAUUGAUAUUAAUCACAUUGUUAAAGAAACAAUCACUUCUAUCCAUAAGAUUUUAUUACCAAACUUUUUAUCACAAUUAGAUGCUACUGCUUCAAAUAUUAAUGAUAUCGCACCUGGUUAUAUCGCUUUGAAGCCUUCAGCACUAGUAAAGAACCCAUCCGAAGUAUUAUUGAAUUUCGGACGUUCUUCGGACCCACAUUGGAAUGAACAAAGACAAACUUUGAUAGAUAACUGUUCAAAGAUCACCGAAGAGAUUUGCCAAUUAAAUAAGACUCUCUUAGAAAGAUAUCCAAAUAGAAAAUCUCCAUUUUUUGUUUCCACUAUUGAUGCGGAAAAAUAUGAUUUACAAAAGAAUGGGGUUUAUGAAUUACAAAGAAUUUUAUUCCAGAAAUUUAAUUCGAUGGAAAAUAAAUUUGCUUCCUGCAUUGGAACAUGGCAAUUAUAUUUAAGAGAUUCUCUAAAUGAUAUCAUUGAAGAACAAAAAUUGGCUCAAGAAGGUAAUUAUAAAUUGGGAUUGAAAUUGGUUAGAGGUGCUUACAUCCAUACAGAACCUGAAAGAGAUUCCAUUAUUCAUGACACUAAAUUAGAUACAGAUAACCAUUAUAAUAAAGUAGCAACUUUUGUCACUAAUGAUAUGUUAGAAAAAGGUGAAAAUUCUACCUUUGGUCAUUUAGUUAUUGCCUCUCAUAACUAUCACUCUCAAUUGAUUGCUACCAAUUUGAUUAAUAACUCAAAAUCUCCAAACAAAAACUACGUUCAAAAUAAUGUCAUCUUUGGUCAACUUUUAGGUAUGGCCGAUAAUGUCACUCAUGAUUUAAUUAACACUUACGGUGUGAAAAAUAUUAUUAAAUAUGUUCCAUGGGGUCCUGCUGUUGAGACAAAGGAUUAUCUAUUAAGAAGACUACAAGAAAACGGUGACGCUGUAAGAGCUGAUAAUGGCUGGCCAUUAUUAAAAUCUAUAUUUUUAUCCUUAAGAUCGUAA